ACCCAUCAAGUCCCAAUUCCCAACACUGUCACAAAAGAGAAUCUCGAACGAUGAAGCUCAAGCUUAACGUCGUCGUAUCACUCCUUCUCCUCCUUGUCUCAAUCGCAACAUGUUGUCCGCCUUCAGACCGCCGUGCACUCCUAUCUUUCCGAGCAGCACUCCACGAGCCAUACCUCGGCAUUUUCAACUCAUGGACCGGCCAAGACUGCUGCAAGAACUGGUACGGCGUUAGCUGCGACUCGCUCACUCACCGAGUCGCCGACAUCAACCUCCGCGGCGAGUCAGAAGACCCCAUCUUCGAACGAGCUCACCGAACCGGUUACAUGACCGGACACAUCUCUCCGGCAAUCUGCGACCUCACUCGUCUCUCCGCCAUCACCAUCGCCGACUGGAAAGGUAUCUCCGGCGAGAUUCCCACCUGCAUCACACGUCUCCCUUUCCUCCGUACGCUCGACCUCAUCGGAAACCAAAUCUCCGGCGGGAUUCCGAACGAUAUCGGGAGAUUACACCGGUUAGCUGUUUUAAACGUUGCGGAUAACCGGAUUUCCGGUUCGAUUCCAAAAUCGUUAACCAACCUCGCUAGCUUAAUGCAUUUAGACCUACGUAACAACUUAAUAACCGGUUUAAUCCCUUCAGACUUCGGCCGGUUAACAAUGCUUAGCCGCGCGUUACUAAGCGGUAACCGGAUAACCGGUCGAAUUCCCGAAUCACUAACCAAGAUUUAUCGGUUAGCUGACGUGGAUCUCUCUGGUAACAAACUAUACGGUACAAUCCCACCGUCUCUAGGCCGUAUGGCGGUUCUCGCGACGCUUAACCUCGACGGAAACAAAUUCUCGGGUGAGAUACCACAAACUCUGAUGACGUCAUCGGUGAUGAACUUGAAUUUGAGCAGGAACUUGUUGCAAGGGAAGAUACCGGAAGGGUUCGGACCAAGGUCUUACUUCACUGUUCUUGAUUUGUCGUAUAACAAUCUCAAGGGACCGAUCCCGAGAUCGAUCUCUGGUGCGUCGUUUAUUGGUCAUUUGGAUCUUAGCCAUAACCAUCUAUGCGGGAGGAUUCCGGCGGGGUCGCCGUUCAGUCACCUUGAAGCGGCGUCGUUUAUGUAUAACGACUGUCUUUGCGGCAAACCUUUGAGAGCUUGUUUAAAAAACUGAUUUUAUGUAAUUUUCUUUAAUUAGACCUUAUUAUAUUUUAUGAUUAUGCAUUGGCAAAAAAAAAAAACAUAAAUGUGUGCUACGUAUGGUACUUUAUAAGUAAUUAUUAUCACGACCGGCUCUACUUAAUUGAUUUUUAUAAGUUGUACCCACAUAUUACAAAAAAAUAUAUGUUUUUUAUCAUACAAAAAAUAUAUUUUAAAGGAGUUUCCCA